UUGACAUGACAAUCUACAGAAGCGCUGACAGAGUAAUCAAUUUGGCCCCCCCUGGGGUGCCUGUCAAAGAUGGGUACAGUGUGUUCCAGGCUUCACACAGUGUCAGGGGUUGAUCCCGUGUAUCCCUUUUGUCACCAGUGUCCAUUCCUGAGGCAGUGGCAGGUUGCUGCGCAGCAUCAUGCUGUCUCUCCCAUUUCUCUCUGUUUUCCCAGGGUCAGGCACAGGUUUUCCUCCUCACUUUGUGAUGAAAAGUCUGAUUGUUUCUGAGAAUCUGAGGAAAUUACUUUCUCACUCCCUCAUCUUUCUGACAGUAGAGUGGAAGGUGUCUCUACAGCUCCGUCUCUCCUCUCUCACCCCUUGGCUGCACAGUCACUCCCCUAUAAUUUGAUUUAUGAUUUUAGCUUUGUGGUAAAUCGAGUAUUUGCCUAUGAGGCACCCCCCUCCAGCCCUCCAACAUACAUAGGCAGACUCCUCUAGGCUCACACCCCUAUGGGGACAUAACCUAGACAUUCCCCCUAAAUGCUGCAGCCCUUAAGCAGAAGCACGCUCUCAAGAACAGGCCCUAGUAACAAAUGGAGGGGGGGGGCAAAGCUCCAAAUGCAGGGUGAAGCCCCAUCCUGGAAGAGUCCCUUGUCUGCCCUAGGAAAAAAUAUUUUCUCCCAUGACAAGGGCAAAGAUUUCCCAGGCUUAGACGAAAUGGCUUUGGCGUGUGAUGCCAACAAAGACUUGGAGCACCCAUCUGCUGCAUGGUCCACGUUCCCCCAGACCCACCAGAGCAGCAGCCCCCCCUCCACCCCCCUCUCCGGGAGCAGGAGGAAAACACUGCAGCCCUGACGCCCGAACGGCUGAGUGAAGAACAUGAGACGAGAUCAUUUCUGAAGAAGAACCCUUUGCCUCUGAGAUGGAGUCUAGUGCCUGUGUGAUGCUUCCUCUGGUUUCCUGCCUCCGCUCAUUGCAGCUCUGGCCUCUCCUGCUCCUGGCCUCAGCAUUCUCUCCACACAGUGUUUGGUCUCUUCGCUCCCGGAACCCCCUGGCUGCUCGGCCACUUUGUGCCCGUCGCAGUUCCUCAGCUUCCAGGCCCGUUUGCAUCUGGGACAGGAUCUCGCCACCAGAGAGAGAUUCCCGUUUCAUCUCAUUGCGCCAGCGAUCUCUGACCCCGCGAGGGGCAGAUCUGCGUCAUGUGGUGCGGCUGAAGCGCCAGGCCCAUGGGGCCCGUCCUGCCACGCCCUCUGGGUUUGAGGAUGGGCUACCCUCAUCCCAGUACCCCUGGGCUAUUGUCUGGGGCCCCACAGUAUCAGACGAGGAUGGAGGUGACACCAACUCAGCUAACCCAGGCUUCCCACACCUGAGUUACACCUUUGUUUCACCACAUGGGAUGGCAACAGUGCAACCAAACUCCCACUCGCUGCUGCACAAUGCAGGCCUCAAUCUGCGUGACACCCCAGCCACUCUGCGGCCCUUUUUGUUUGGGCCACGGGGGGAAGGUGUGGAUCCUCAGCUGUACGUGACUAUCACAAUCUCUAUCAUUAUCGUUCUUGUUGCUACUGGGAUAAUAUUCAAGUUCUGUUGGGACCGUAAUCAGAAGCGGCGGCGUCACUCUGGUCAGCAGAGUGAGAUACGGCAGCCAGAGAGUCAGCAGCCACUCACAGACCUGUCACCUGCCACAGUCAGCAUCCUUGGGCCCUAUGGAGACACUCUGGCCCCUGCCUCUGAGACAGAGGUGCUCAGGCAGGUCCAGGAGGGUACAGAGAAACUGGGGGGCCAGGGGAAGAGCAGUGCCUUCCAGCUCAAUCGAAUCCCACUGGUGAACCUGUGACAACAUUGGAGAGCAGCAGAGCUGGCUCCCCCAACUACUCCUGUCCUAUCCAAGGAGUACGCGUUUCUGCUGCCUCUGCUAUAGUGGGAACAAACUCCCUUGUGCCACGGCCCUCUAUCACCAUCUCUAACUUUGCCAAAACAGGAUGUACUGGGCAACAGACAGUCUGGGCCUCGUUGGUCUCUCGAUGGGGGCAAGAAUAGGGGGUAAGCCCCAGGAUGGGAUGACGAGAGCGGAACCCAGGAGACAAGAUCUUUUGGUGUUGUGAAAUAUUAACCCCCUCUGGCCCUCUCCCAACACACUCACGCACUUUGAUCCCUGUGAAUAACCCACCAGUGCAUGUCUGAUAUGGGGGUGGGGGAGGUGGAGAGGCAGGAGUACUACCCCCAUCCCCACAGGCUCAGUCCCUCAGUGUGUCCCUUCUCCUUCUGUCAGUGUGCUUUAAUGUGUCUUCUGAACAGCUGGAGCUCUGUCACCACGGAAUUCCCUGCCUGGGCAGUGAUGGAUACAGGCUGGCAGGUGUGGAGGCUGCGGGAGGGAGGUUGGGGGGGGGGGUGGAGAGGGCUUGUCUCUCUUCAUUGUCUUGACCUCUCCAUGAUGGUUCUAGGAGCUGGAAGCAGAGCCUGCUGGUGUGAGGAGGAAGAGCUCACUCUUCCUCCUGGCUCCUGUCUCUUGGAAAGAGUCUUGCUGCUCCCUCUGUUUUUCAACUCUUUCUGUUCUCUCUCCCAAUGCACAUCAGCUCUGAUGCUCCUCUCUCUUCCUCUGUCACCCAACGUUGUCCUCUCAGUUUUUCUUUCUCUUCCCAUUCUUCCUCCCUUUCCAUCUCUUUCUGGUUAUGUCAGCAGAAUACUUUUCAUUCUAGCCUGUUUCUAGUCACUCUGAUCUUUUGUAAACCUCCGUCAUCCUGGUUUUGCCUCUGCUCCCAGGUGAUUUCAGCAAGUGUGAAGCAAAAUCCUCUGGCUAUUUUGUGUUUCAGGAAGUGUGAAAAAGAAUCUGGAAUGGGUCCUUUAAAGGCAGGGCUACUGCCAAAGCAGCUGAAGGGGGAAGCCUGGCCUUGGCUGGGCUUGUAGUGGGGGAAGAGCCUUGAGCAGAACUCUCUGUCAGGGUCUGGGGGGCCGACGGGUAAGUGAAGAAAGGGUAGAAGGUGUUUUCAUCAGAGGCACUGAGAGACUGACCCUAUAUGAGGUAGGCAGGAGAGGGCUCCUACCCUGUCUGUUAGAAAAGGGAGCCAUUCAGAGCCUUCACCAAGGAACUUUUUGAGGAGUAUUCUGCAUUACUCAGUUACUUGUGGAAUGCUCCUGGCUCUACUCUGGCCAUGAAAUCAGCACAUCAGACAGUGCUUGCUAGAGUUGAGAGGAUCAAGGUGUGACUGCAACACAGUCAAGAGCACUUGAACCAGCUUUCAUCCAGCUUGCAUGGGUACCAAUAGGUGUAAAGAUGCAGUGUGGAUCAGCUGUCUGAGCACGUAUGCAUGGUCUGUGCUGAAAAGCCAUGGCAUUUACAGCUUUGCUGCUGAUGUUGCACAUUAGGCAGAUUAAAGCUAGUUUGGGUGUCUUCAAUGGCAGUGCACACCUCCCCAGUGACAGAGAUGGAAAUGGGAAAGGCAAAGAUGGUCAGAGCAGGCCAAGUGCCUAGGAUAUAAAGACCCAGGGCAAAAUUCUACAGAGCCUAUUAUGCCUCUAAGUAGCAUUUAUCCAUCUAAGGCCCAGACAGAUUCCAUGCUGCCUCCCAGACACAGAUACCUGUUAUGCAGAUUUUACAUCACAUUCCCCUACCUGCAUAGCUGGGCUGGGGUGACUGGGAUGUAUCUAUCUAACUCUGCAUCUGCCUGGCAAAGAGCAUAUAUUCCAUGUACAUCCCCAAAACAAAGUGGGGAGAGGAGAUCGGAUAGGAGAUGUACCCACCUUUUAGCUGAAUAGCUGAGUUGUUAGGGCAUUUGCCCAGGAAGCAAGAGGUGGAGUACAAUAUAACUAAGUCUUAGACAUCUAGGUUCUACUAAGAGGCAUAACAGGCAAAGUAGACUUUUUUCCUCUGUUUUUAGUGACAAGAAGAGCAUAUGUUUACAGGAAGAGAGCUUUUACCAUCUAUGUCACUGUAAAGUGGAGACAAAGCUCUGUAGCUUUACCAUCAUAUAGCUGGUUCAAGGAAAGCUGUGGGUAUGGUUAUAGCAUUGAUUUUGCCUACCUUCCUUGUGUAAAAUACUGCCUAAGGCAAGUCUCCACCAGAAUUUUACUGUAAGAUAGCAAAACAUUUGUGAAA